AUGGACAACUCGACAACUUGGACUCCUUCGUCUUGGAGAAACAAGCCGAUUGCGCAGGAUGUCAAGUAUGAGAACAAGGCCGAGUUGGAUGAGGUAAUAGCGAGGAUCAAAAGACUCCCUCCGCUCGUUUCCCAGUCCGAGGCAAGUCCCAAACGCGCACAAGGGAUACCCUACCCACGCACGCACGCACGCAUGGCUGACCCGACCACAAUAGGUCGAACGUCUGCGCCAUCAACUCACGCUCGUGCAAAAUAA